AGGCUUAUAAGAGAUGGCGGAUGAGGAUAUUCAACCUCUUGUCUGUGACAAUGGAACUGGAAUGGUCAAGGCUGGUUUUGCUGGUGAUGAUGCCCCUAGGGCAGUGUUCCCUAGUAUUGUUGGUCGCCCACGCCACACAGGUGUCAUGGUUGGAAUGGAUCAAAAGGAUGCUUAUGUAGGUGAUGAAGCCCUGGCAAAGAGGGGUAUCCUUACCUUAAAAUACCCCAUCGAACAUGGCAUUGUCAGCAAUUGGGAUGACAUGGAGAAGAUUUGUCACCAUACUUUCUACAAUGAGCUUCGUGUUGCCCCUGAAGAACACCCAGUACUUCUUACAGAAGCACCGCUCAACCCUAAGGCUAACAGGGAGAAGAUGACCCAGAUUAUGUUUGAAACAUUUAAUGUGCCUGCUAUGUAUGUUGCUAUUCAGGCAGUUCUUUCACUUUAUGCCAGUGGUCGUACAACAGGUAUUGUAUUGGAUUCUGGUGAUGGUGUGAGCCACACGGUGCCAAUUUAUGAAGGCUAUGCCCUCCCCCAUGCUAUUCUCCGGUUAGACCUUGCUGGUGGUGAUCUUACAGAUUCCUUGAUGACGAUCUUAACAGAGAGAGGGUAUUCUUUCACAACGACGGCAGAACGAGAAAUUGUUUGUGCAGAACGAGAAAUUGUUUGUGACAUGAAAGAAAAACUUGCUUAUGUUGCUUUUGAUUAUGAGCAAGAAUUGGAGACUGCCAAGAGUAGCUCUGCUAUUGAAAAGAGUUAUGAAUUGCCUGAUGGGCAAGUGAUCACCAUUGGAGCAGAGAGGUUCUGUUGCCCUGAAGUACUCUUCCAGCCAUCUCUGAUUGGAAUGGAAGCUGCUGGAAUCCAUGAAACUACGUACAACUCUAUCAUGAAGUGUGAUGUUGAUAUCAGGAAGGAUCUGUACGGAAACAUUGUGCUUAGCGGUGGAUCAACCAUGUUCCCUGGUAUUGCUGAUAGGAUGAGCAAAGAAAUCACCGCACUUGCCCCUAGCAGCAUGAAGAUCAAGGUGGUUGCACCUCCCCACAGAAAAUACAGUGUCUGGAUCGGAGGAUCCAUUUUAGCAUCUCUCAGCACCUUCCAGCAGAUGUGGAUUUCCAAGGGUGAGUAUGAUGAAUCAGGUCCUGCUAUUGUUCACCGGAAGUGCUUCUGAUUUGGAUGAUUUCAAGUCUGCAUUAUUCAGUUAUGUGUCUAUGUGAGUUCAGUUUGGUUUGACCUCUGAAGCAAGCUUUGGUUUAUCAGUGGAGGAAAGACGCUGCUAUAGAUAUAGUUGAUGCUUUGAGUGCUCUCUCAUUACAUUUCAGCUUUUAGAUGGCAAAAUUACCAUUGGCAUUGAGUAGCU